AUCAACCUUGCGCUUUCGGUUUUACCGUCAACGCGCGUUGUUAGGAUGGUUCGUCUGUUAUGCCCGGGUAAGGUUAUGCACGAAUACUAGAGUCAUCUGCGAUGCCUCAUCAAAAUGAAAUAAAACCGACAAUCUAUCGCGGUCAACUUCCGACCUCUGCAACUUGUCCUGGUUCGCUAUAUACAUGUGAUUUUCAUGAUGAUAUACAGAAUGUUGUGCAAAAGCGCACAGCGCUUAUGCCAGGUCAAAUGGAUUUAAUAUCAAACCAGACAUCAAGCUAUCACCCACUCCCUAUAAUUAAUCAUCCUAACUUCACUGUUUGUCAGAAAUCAUUUUGUGGGGCGUUUUUUGACUGUUCAUCAAAUGCAUCUUCACCAGGUUGUGCUGCUUCAUCACCGGUUUGUCAUUCAGGUAUAUAUGGGAUUAUUGAGCCUCCACAAAGUAGUUCUAUCCCAACAGCACAGACACUUGCUUUGUCUGCACACCAUGUUUCUUACAACCCAGACACUGUCGUUCCUCAAGGUUUUGCCACUGAAGACAGGAUGCACGGAAAUUCAUCCGCACACAAACUUACUCAUAGUCACAGUGCUCAAGAUGCUGGAGGCUUCAUGUUUCAGUCAUUGUUUCCUUCUCCAGGUCAAGUGUUACAUCGAUAUGGUUCACACCUAACUCCAAAUCAUAUUCAAAUGCACCAAAUUUCUCCGCCAGGCAAUAUAUAUGGUCCGUUGGUUUCAGUUCCCGUACCUUACUUUUCCCUUGGAUCAACUAAUUCAAACUCUUUGUCACAUAACCCUCUAGUUUAUUCAACAAGAUCCGCGUCGAACUCAGCAUGUGUAAGCACAAAUAAUAAUCCUUCCAGUGCAAGUCCAUUAGUCAGUCGAAGACCUCGUCUCCCUAAUAGUAAUUCAUGUGCAUUUAGUGAAUUGUGGCAAUCGGGUCCUGUACCGAAUAUAUCUACACAAAGUUCUGCAUUACCACUAACUUCAAACAUCGGGAUAACACAAAAUCCACCAAACUGUGGUUUACGAGAGCGUGUUCCAUGUAACCAUGACACAUCUGCAUAUAAUGAGUCACAGUUUUACAUCACAGAAGAUAAGUGUUUCCUGCAGCCAGGUAGAGUUUGCCACCAUCAAGUGACCCCGAUCACUCAAAGCCCUAAAACAAAAGAUAUUGAUGAGUCUUUAUUAUCUUCAGACUCAAAUACUAGUCCUACUGGAGGAUGCAAAUUAGAAGUGGGUAACAAAAAAGGUGCCCCACUCCCACCACCAAUUCCUCCUCGGUCGAAUUUGCGAAAUCAAUUUGUUUCAACAACAAAUACACGUGUUAAUCCUGCAGAUCUCAUAAUCUCAGCAACUGCCGUCCACCCUGUAAUACCUUCACACACCUACAAAAAAGAAAUCGCGAGACCUCAAUCACUAAACACAACUGUAAAUCGACAGAAUUAUCGGACAACAAUUAAUUCAAACAAAAACGCAGCAAGCCCCGUAGCCACGAUAAGCUCUUCUCUUGUAUUGAGUCUCUCGGAGGAAUCAAAUAAAGUCAAUACUACAGAUUCUCGUUUUCAAACUUCAGAUGAUAACUUACAAUCAGUAUUAUGUACAGCAAAUGACAUAAACUCACCGUCAGAUACCCCUCCAAAACUACCUCCUCGUAUGGUGACAUCGAACAACUGCAAUUUCAUGAUAUCCAAAAAAUCUCUAGCCCCCGAAAAAGUUGAAAAAUUUAGCACACCACACAUGAAUACCCCUACAGAACAACAGCAACAAGAUGAAAUUGGAACAGAUGAUUUUUGUAGUCGAUCGGCUAGUCCCUUUGUAAAUCAACCAAUAAAAACUUAUUUCUCAAAUUCAAUGGAACCUGUUAUCCCUAUAAAACUUGAUAAUGAUGGUAAUACUGAAAGACCGACAUAUCCUUCAACGAAACUAUCAACACAAGGCCAAGAACCUGAAGUAACAAAAGAAUCUAUGGAUUCAUCCCAUGAACAGCAUACAUUUCGAAUAGUAAAACCAGUUAAUCCAGCUGUUUAUCGACGGUUUAUGGAACAAAGAAUGGCAGAUAUUGGUAGAAUACACCGCGAACGUAAGGAAAGACGUGAUCGUCUUGAAUCCGAAAUGUCCAAAGUUGGUUUAGAUGAAAAUGCUCGUGUUCAAAUGCGCUGUUUACUUCGCAAAAAGGAGUCUAAUCACAUGCGAAUGCAACGUGCUAAAAUGGACCAAUCAAUGUUUUACAGGAUAAAACAUUUAGGUGAGUAGUUAUUACAGAAAAGCAGCUGUUUGGAAGUUAAAUGAAAUUUUCUUUUCCCUUUAAAUUUACAUUUUAUGGUAAACAAAAAUUGUUAAAAUGGUUAAAAUAUGAAAAAUUUAGUGCAGUUUAAAAGAGAAACUUUUCAUUUAUUCGAACAUUAUUAUCGUAUACCUACAAAUAUACCAUUAAAUGCGAUCUUAAAUAAGUUUA